UUUAAUAACCGGAAGUGCAUCUGUUGAGUGGGAAUUUUGAACAAUGGCAGAACAUUAUAUCGAGGGACAUGAUUAUAUGCUGUAUUUACCAAAUGAAAGACUUAAGACGUUCAAAAAUUGGCCUCUUGGCGAAAACUGUAAUUGCACUCCGAAAAAGUUGGCUGAAGCUGGAUUUCAUCACUGUCCUACAGAUAACGAACCAGAUGCAGUCCGCUGUUUCUUCUGCAUGAAGGAGUUAGAUGGGUGGGAACCAGAUGAUGAUCCAUGGGCUGAACAUGAGAGCCAUUCACCAAAAUGUCCUUUCCUACCGAUUGGCAAGAAAUCUAUUGCAUCUUGGACAGUUUCAGAAAUAUCAGACCUUCAUCAAAAGAGCAUGGAAAACACAAUUAAUAAAAUUAUGGACAUACUGAUUGCCACCUACAGAGAGAAGAUGAAAACUAAAAGGUUAGAGAUCCAGCGACAUUUCAAGAAAAAGUAGUGUCAAUAAUCAUCUUCUGCCUUAUGGAUACCCCCAUGGAACACCAUCAUUUCCAUGACAUUUUCAUUACUGUUCAAAAUUUUGUUAAAAAAGAACAUUGUUAAAAAGAGCAAGAGAGAGAGAGAGAGAGAGAGAGUUUAUCAGCUAAGGUGUGUGAGUAAAAUUAAAACAUAAAUACAUGUCCAUUGUUUUUAAACUGAAUAAAUUUUUAUAUAUGUAUA